UGAAUGUCCACAACCGCCACAUCAAUCUACAUCAGAUUGAUCAAUGGUCCACUACAUUUGCGCGACGCUGGUCGACCAGAUAUAAGGCAAGGAGGAAGCAGUCGUUCCUUUUCAUCUUCUUGGUUUUCUCCACCUCACGAGUCGAGCUCACAACACUCAGCGCAACGAAAACACUAGUGACAUGUCCCCUACCGGCGAGACAGGCACAUCGUCUACUCCGCCGCGCGCGAAUGCACUAGCUCAUAAUGCUGGUCAAAUAGAAUCCACCCCAAACAGCCGUGGGGCUGCCGUCGUUAGCGAGAACAUUGGACUGGUCGGUGUCAAGGUUAAGGAAGUCCGCCCAUGGAUUCAACGGGACAUCGAGCAGGCUAAGCAGUGUAAGGCAGAUGCCAUGCUGCAAGCCCUCUUGCAGCGCGCUUCUUGCGCUCCGAAGACUAAACAGCCCGAGCUUCUACAACAGUGCCUAAAGGCAGUUCUUCCGGUUUGCAAUGGACAGGUCACCACUGGAGGUAUAUGUUCUUCGGGAAUUGAGACAGCCCUGAAAAAAUACGUACGUCCAGGAGUAGAAAACAACUUCUAUGGCCCUUUUAUAGAAGCCACCAACAUUUCGCUCGCUUGUCUCGAAGAGAUCAACGUCGACGGCAUGCGUGCUCCUGCCUCCGCUGUGGAUAUGGUCUGUCAGCAGAACGAUAUGCCCAUGUACCAAAAUCACCAGACCGUCAAAUCAACUCGGAAGCCCGACUGCGUGAUUCUUCCUUUGAAUAGCGCGUGCGCUCCCUUCGAGGAUGAGAAGUGCGGCAAGAAGGACGACAAGAAGCGUAGGGCUCACAUGACCAAAAAUGCAAUGGCAAAGCCGCCAGCGCCACUCCUCUGGACAGAUGUUCUAGCUUGCAUUGAGUUCAAGAGAAAGACAGAUAGGAAGAAGCCGAUUAAACCGCCGCACUCUUCGCAUAAAGUGAAUGACUAUGUCCCUACCAAGCCAGAGUAUCUGCCUGUGGAUCAUCUUAAGGCUACAGAUCCGGCGCCAGGCCCUUCGCAGGCCCCAGCAACGCAACCUGCGUUCGACACUGCACUUGUAUCUUCCGGCCUUACUGCCACGCAGCCUUCCCAGGGCGGGUCCAGCUCCAAGCGCAAGGCCACGGACCCUUUGGAAUCCGCCACGAAAAAAACCAGGAUUAAUCCCGACGAGCCAGAUGUGACCGUUCAAACAGGUCUGUACGCCGCUGAAAUGUUUGCGGCCAAUCUUGCUGUCAAUUAUCUAAUUAAUCUUAUCGUCGUCGACGAUGUGAUCUGGAUCUGGUAUUAUGAUCGGCAGGGCACCAUUCAAAGCUCGGGCAUCAACUUCAUUCAAGAUCUACCACGAUUCAUGGUGCUGUUGUAUGCUUUACAACGAUUCGAGCUUAAUGAUUGGGGCCGAAACAAGGACUUCCUCCCAGUUCAAGUUGAGGGAAAACGAUGUCAUCAAUUCAAAAUCAAGGAUGAGCAACUUGGAGACGUGGAUCUGCUACUUCACACCAGCCACGACGAACGCGUGACGCACUACGGACUGCAAGGACGCGCCACCAAUGUGGUCCCUGUCACUAGCGAAGUGCUUGCGAAGAAAUAUACAGACAUCCAAGAUGGGAUGGUGGCCAAGAUUUUUUGGGGAGAGGCGAAUCGCACUAGCGAGCCAAAAAUCUUGGAGAAAGUCAAGGAGAUUGCUAAGGUGCACAGCACCGUAAAAGACCAUAUUCCUGAACUGCUCUGGCACCACACGUUUGCGAAUCCCACGUCCGCUAUCCGAGAAGCGCUUGGCGUUCCGGAGCCCACCACGGGUAGUCGCGUGCUCUACAUCCUUGUAUUCCGCAAGCUCCACUCCAUUACGAAGCUUCACGGCAAAGAGCUCUUCGACGUAUGGUAUCAAUGUAUCCAAUGCCACAUUACUUUGUGGAAGGAAGGCGUAUUUCAUCGAGAUGUCAGCCCUGGCAACCUGAUGUGGUACAGGAGCCUUGGCAGACUGAUAGGCGUUUUAAAUGACUACGAUCUAUCCUCGUUGGCACAUGAACAGGGUCCUCGGGGUAACGAGCGCACGGGCACAAUACCAUUCAUGGCACUCGAGCUUCUCUCCGCACAGGGUCAACGAGGCGAAGUCAAACACCUAUAUCGUCAUGAUCUGGAGUCGUUCAUGUGGUGCUUCGCCUGGAUUUCUUUGCGUUACGAGAACGGAGCCCUUCUGACAGUGAAAUCGCGCCGUUUGGAUGAUUGGGCCACUUCUGACGCAGUGACAUGCGGCAUGCUCAAGCUAUACUUCCUGAACAAUCUCAAAGAAUUCAGAUCUCCUCACAUAGAACCACUUAUGUGGAAGUUCCUUGUGGAAUGUUUUGUGGUGCUCAAAAAAGAAGCCGAUGCUCGAUACUAUCUUGGCCUUGAAUCGCUUUCAGAUGGAGACGAGCAGCCCAACCCCAAGGAAUCCGAAUCAGAUAUUGAUGGUUUUUUACAGUCAUUCAAAAAUACGACGAGCUGGGCUGCGCUCAGCAGCCCUCCACAAAGACCUUCGCAGUGAUUUUCUUUACUUGCUACGCGUGCUACAUAUCUUCCGAUACUUGCGUCGACUCUCCGUGUGUGCCUCUUCUAGGGUAUUAGGUAGACCAAUCGAAUAAAUAGAUGCAUUAGUGACUUGUCAGUUC